CAAUUGAGCAGGAGACCUGUCAAAAUUGGAACGUGACGUCACUCUUGUUUACAGUCACUCUACUCUAAACGAAUUCUUGGUGGGAUUCAAAACAAAUCGCGAGUUUUUCGUGGAAAUUAAAAAGGUUUUUGCUGUAAAUCGUGCUUUAAAAUUAUCACUGGGUUCAAUAAUGAACGAAACAUUCUCCAUUAACCUGAAAGACGUGAAGCAAGACCUGUUGCUCGGAAUCAUCGAGUGCAACAAGCGCGGCCUGGUCCAAAGCGCCAAAUGGCUGUCGGAGCUAAGCCACGGACUGACGGAUGUUUCGGUGAGUUUCUCGGGGAAAUCCUUCGAAAAUCUGCACACCGGCAUCGCAGAGGAAGAGUACGAUGACUACGUGCUGGCAAAGAGUUACUUUGACGUGCGAGAGUAUGAUCGGUCGGCGUACUUUACGCGGAAUUGCCAAUCGCCGGUUCCCCGCUUUCUGAACAUGUACGCCACUUACAUGUCCAAGGAAAAGAAGCGGCUGGAUAAUAUGAGCGACAAUUCGAUAGUGAAUUCCAAUAGCCACGUGAAGGAUUUUUCGGAGCUGCUGGCCACGCUUCGCGCGGAUCAUGGACAGCGCAAGCUGGAUGGAUACUGUAUGUGGCUUUAUGGGGUCAUACUGAAGAAGCUGGAUCUAAAUCAGAUGGCGGUCCAGAUCUUUGUGGAUGCCAUCAAUGCAGAACCGACUUUGUGGGGAGCUUGGCUGGAACUCGCUCCGCUGGUAACGGAUAAGAAUAUGCUUCAGAAUCUCAAAUUGCCGAACCAUUGGAUGAAGCAGAUAUUCGUCGGAUACACGUACAUUGAACUGUUCUUGAAUGACGAGGGAAUCAAGAUCUUUGAGCAUCUCCAAAGCGCGGGAUUCGGAAAAUGCAUAUUCAUCCCCACCCAGCUGGCGAUUGCGUUCUCCAACAAGCGAGACGUGGACAAAUCGAUAGAGAUAUUCCGUCAUCUGCACGAGGUGGAUCCCUUCCGCCUGGAUAAUCUAGACUCCUACUCCAAUCUCCUGUUCGUCAAAGAUAUGAAGACUGAGAUGGCUCAUCUGGCGCACAAAGCCGUCGACAUCAAUAAGUACAGUCCGGAGACGUGUUGCGUGGUGGGGAACUACUACAGCAUCCGGGCCGACCACCACAAGGCCGUGGUGUACUUCCAGCGGGCGUUGAAGCUGAAUCCGCGCUAUCUGUCGGCGUGGACGCUGAUGGGGCACGAGUUCAUGGAGAUGAAGAACACCAAUGCGGCGAUUCAGAGCUACCGGCAAGCUGUUGAGGUGAACCGACGAGAUUUCCGAGCCUGGUACGGUUUGGGACAGGCAUACGAAAUUCUGAAGAUGCCCUUCUACAGUCUACAUUAUUACAAGGCAGCUCAACAACUGCGCCCUUACGAUAGUCGAAUGUUGGUAGCGCUGGGAGAGACUUACGAAAAACUUGAAAAGGGCGAAAAUGCGCUGAAAUGCUACCAGAAGGCUUACAAUGUAGGUGAUAUCGAGGGCGUGGCGCUGUACAACUUGGCUCGUUUGUACGAGCGGCGCGAGGAGAUCGAAAAGGCCAUUCCGGCGUUUUUGAGAUUUUGCUCAGACGAAAAGGCUGUUGCAGAUAAGAGCUCUCUUUGCCACGCGUACAUGACGCUAGGCAAUUUCUACGAGAAGAACGAUCAAUUUGAUAAAGCCUCACACUUUGCGUACAAAUGCUUGGAACACGAGGAGUCCAAACGUGAGGCGGAAGCGCUGUUGAAGACCAUCGCCAACAAGAGGUCGCAAAAGGCUGCCGCAGCCGCUGCGGCAAAAGAGACUCCCUCUUCAGCAGAUAAAGAGAAAUCCACCGACAUGGAUCUGGAGGAGGUCGAGAUGGAUGAGAGCAACGUGGGGCGGAUGGUGCACAUGGUGAUGGCUCAGGAUGACAUGCUGGUGGAGAACGAUGAACCGGAGUUCCAGUUGGAACAAGGAGUGGAUGAUAUAUCGGCGCUAUCGAUCAUAAUGGAGCAUGGUUCCGAAGGAAAUGAAUAAAGCGGUGAAUUAACAAUAUGCAGGUACAUUUUGUGUAAA